AUGAGCGAGGAACAGAUGAAGUCGGUGCACAAAUACCUGACCCUCGCCAUUAUGACCCAAUGGUCGAGCGCAAAGGGUGGUGCACCGCAAUUUGUGGGCUUCGUUCACAAGACAGGCUGGAUCCUGGUCACAUGUUGCAACCAGGCGAGCAAGGACUGGCUUAUGAACGAGGUGCCAAAGGCGAAGCCGUGGCCGGAGGCGACACUCUCUGUUAUCCCAGAGGGAGAGCUGCCCAAACCAGCUACGGCGGUCACCUUUAUUCCGGAGUCCGAGGCGUCCUCAAUAGAGGAUGCCUUGGUGCUGCUCAGAGCCCAGAACUUUGGCCUGAACACGGAGCUCUGGAAGGUGCUAGGGGAGAAGGCUGAGCAGGGUGGCAGGGUCGCCACCUUUGCCCUGGAUGAGCCUUCUGCCGAAGCUCUUAAACCCAAUGGCGCCCCCCGCUGA